AUGUCCAAGGUCAAGCAGGCCCCUCUGGGGAAGGACGAGCCGCCGCUGCCUCAUCCCGCCGAGGAUCUGUCCGCCGACGAUGAUCUGCUGUCUUGGAUCCUGGUGGAUCAGCUCGGGUGUAUGCCCAAUAGUCGCCUGGGUGUACAUCCCCAGGAGAACAAGUUUGUGGGGCCUGUCUUCAAAACGGAUGAGGUGCUGCAAAUUAUGCGAGAGACGGUAGUCCAGGGGAACGUCCAGCAGGGCAUGGCGAGAAUGCUAGAAUUCCCACUCAUUAAGGCUCACAUGGAGACCAAGCGUACCGAAUCGCAAAGAGAAAGAUUCACAGCCCAUCUAAGGCGAUACCUUCUCUGCUAUGUCCCGACUUCUCGGGUCGAUAUCCACUCGACCGACCGGUACACGCACAUCACCAAACACCCCGAGCUGGCUGUAUAUGCCACGCGACCUCUACCCGUCGGUGCGGUCCUGCAAGAACUGCAGGGCUCGGUCGUGCCGCUUCCUGAGGAGUGGCGGGCUGAGAUGGAUCUAGGGGAUGAGUUUGCGCGCGAGGCAGCCGGCGAAGAGACCGAUGAGAGUGAUGAUGGGAGCGAGGACGAUGAGGAGGCGGAAGAACAGUCGGUGAGGCGCAAAGGCAAGGAGGUAGAGAAGGGGCAGAGGCGGAGUGAUCGGACGCGACGACGGGAUUUCAGUAUUGUCUGGAGCGGGCUCAAACGGUGUUACCAGCUCUUCCUGGGUCCUGCUAGGUUUCUGAAUCAUGACUGCUCUCCGACGGUCGAGCUGCUCAGGCAAGGCAAAUACGUCACUUUCCGAGUGAUUAGGGCGGUCAAGAUUGGCGAGGAAUUGACAGCGUACUAUCUCUGCCUUACCUGCGAGCAAAACAACAAGGGACACUUCUCACUCAAACCCGAGACCUCUCGCUCCGCCAGUGAGACUCGGUCGGACGUCUCGGGUACACCGCAGAAAAAGGCGAAUCGGCCGAGCAACCUUCGGCGGGAAUAUCUCGAUAGCAACGCUAGCGAGGCGGGGGAGAGCGAGACGCCCGAGGCCGGGCCAAGCGGUACCGCAGAGAUCGACGAGCUCGAAACGGAUGACGGCUCAGACUCGGACUCGCCCGAGCCUAUCGUCCGCGAAAAGCUCAUUCGGACGGCCAAAACCAACGCUCGGCCGUUCAGCUUCCUCAAGCGGCCCAAAAGCGCACCUUCGGUCGCCGACUCAUCCGUUGUCGAGAUCGAGGACGAUCUGCCGGAGGACUUUCCUCGGUGCGGAUCGUGCGCCAAGCCGCUGCAUGAUCGCAUGUGGUAUGCAGGUCGGUACUUUGACCACUGUGCUCGCUGCACUCGGCACGCCUUCAUAUACGGUCUUCCCUGGCCGGCACAUCGACAAUCGGAAGUACAAGAAUACCCCCCUUCCCACCUCAUUCCGUCCGGCUACAUUCCUCGCAAAAUCUCCAGUAUCCCCCUUCCCAGUCUUCAAAAGAAAAAGUUCAAGGAGGUUACCGUCGAGGUCACGCCGGGCGACCCCCUCCCGAUCUCCCGCGACUAUCGGCGGCAGCUCCGGCUUCGGCAAGAAAUCGCCAUGGAGGACUUUAUCGUGCAGUCCUUGCGCGACUCGGCAUGGGCGCUGCAGGAAGCGCAUGCGGAGGCCAAGAUCGCCGCUGCCGAAGCGGCUGAAGCCAAGAUUGAGGCCAAGAAGCGGGCGAGGGAGGAGAAGAAGCGAAAGGACGCCAGCAAGUUCAAGGGAUCUGGGCUAUGGAACAGAUACGAGUACGUCACCGAGGCGGAGCUCAGGCGGCGGGAUGAGGAGAGGUCAAGGCCAACAUCGGGUACAAGGAGG